UAAAACUCCAGUUAUUUGUCAUCUACUGAGAUUUUUUAUAAUUUUUUUCCUUCUUUCCAACAGAUGGAUGUGAUGUGAGGAAUUCCUCGGAGAGACAUCUUCUAGUAUCUGCUGAUUGUAAGUCAGAAGAUAAUGUCAUCACACAGGAUCCUCCAGGAGGAAAUCCAAAUACACAAAAUAUAAAUCACAGACCUUCCUGUCCGGAGACAUCAAUGGAUCCCUCUGAUCAGGGGGAAUCUUCUCAUCAAUCACAUACUAUGAUUGUAAAUAUCCAUAUAAGAUCUCAAACUGCAGAUAGAUCAACAGAUCCUUCUAAUCCCGAGGAAUCUUCCUCACCCCAUGAAGGAGAUCACCGAGGUGACCAUCUAUUCUCAUGUUCAGUGUGCGGGAAAUCUUUCACUCGGAAAGGAGCACUUGCUGAACACCAGAAAAUUCACACAGGUGAACGUCCUUAUUCAUGUUCAGAGUGCGGGAAAUCUUUCAGUUAUAAAGGAAAACUUAUUCGGCACCAGAGAAUUCACACGAGUGAGCGUCCUUUCCCUUGUUCAGAGUGCGGGAAAUCUUUCACUCAAAAAGCUCAUCUUGUUACACAUCAGAGAAUUCACACAGGAGACCGUCCUUUUUCAUGUUCAGAGUGCGGGAAAUGUUUCACUCAGAAGGGAGAACUUGCUGAACACCAGAGAAUUCACACGAGUGAACGACCAUAUUCAUGUUCAGAUUGCGGAAAAUCUUUUACUCAGAAAGAAGCACUUGCUGAACACCAGAAAAUUCACACAGGUGAACGUCCUUAUUCAUGUUCAGAGUGCAGGAAAUCUUUCAAUCGUAAAGAAAAACUUAUUCGGCACCAGAGAAUUCACACGAGAGAGCGUCCUUUCCCUUGUUCAGAGUGCGAGAAAUCUUUCACUCAAAAAGCUCAUCUUGUUACACAUCAGAGAAUUCACACAGGAGACCGUCCUUAUUCAUGUUCAGAGUGCGGGAAAUCUUUCACUGGCAAAGGAGACCUUGUUAAUCAUUUUAGAAUUCAUACAGGCGAGCGUCCUUAUUCAUGUUUAGAGUGUGGGAAAUCUUUUGCUGAAAAAGGAACCCUUGUUAGACAUAAAAAAAGAAUUCACACCAGCGAGCGUCCUUAUUCAUGUUCAGAAUGCGGGAAAUCUUUCAAUGAUAAAGGAGUCCUUGUUAAUCAUCAGAUAAUUCACACAGGUGAGCAUCCUUAUUCAUGUUCAGAGUGCGGGAAAUCUUUCACUGGCAAAAGAAACCUUGUUACACAUCAGAGAAUUCACACAGGUGAGCGUCCUUAUUCAUGUUCAGAGUGCGGGAAAUCUUUCACUGGCAAAGUACUCCUUGUUAAUCAUCUUAGAAUUCAUACAGGCGAGCGUCCUUAUUCAUGUUUAGAGUGCGGGAAAUCUUUCGCUGAAAAAGGAACCCUUGUUAGACAUCAGAGAAUUCACACAGGUGAGCAUCCAUAAUCAUGUUCAGAGUGCGGCAAAUCUUUCACUAGGAAAGGAAACCUUUUGCAACACCAGAGAAUUGACAUGAGUGAGCUUCCUUAUUGAUGUUGUAGAUCAGGGAUCUCCAGACUUCGGCCCUCCAGCUGUUGCAGAACUACACGUCCCAUGAGGCAUUGUAAUACUCUGACAUUCACAGACAUGACUAGGCAUGGUGGGAAUUGUAGUUCCUGAACAUCUGGAGGGUCAUAGUAUGAAGAGCUCUGUUGUAGACGAGUCAGCCUGGUGCAGAUUUAGGAGCGAGUUAAUAGUAGAGGGUGGGGACUUGUUUAUUAACCACUUCAGCCCCGGACCAUUUUGCUGGUCAAUGACCGGGCCACUUUUUGCGAUUCGG